CACUGUGAUGUAACCCCUCGCCCCAGCCUGGGCACAGAACAGCCUGGGAACGGCUCCAUCCCCACCCCUCAGAUAUAAAGAGGCCUCCGUGGCCCGGCUGGAGGCAGAGGCUGCCCUUGUCUUGGGGACUGAAGCAGAAGGGUUCUCAGAGGCCAGCGCCCCGCAGAGAUGGCCCCUGCAAGUGUGAGCCUGGCGGCCACCGUGCUCUGUCUCUUGGCCUGGGCUGGCCGACCCGCCGCCGACCGGGUGUACAUACACCCCUUCCACCUCCUCGUCUACAGCAAGAGCAGCUGCGACCAGCUGGAGAAGCCCAGCGCCGAGACGCCCCAAGACCCGACCUUCACGCCUGUCCCCAUUCAGGCCAAGACGUCCCCCCUGGAUGAGGCGGCGCUGCGGGAGCAGCUGGUGCUGGCCGCUCAGAAGUUUGAGGGGGAAGACAAGUUGAGGGCGCGCACAGUGGGGAUGCUGCUCAACUUUAUGGGCUUCCGCAUGUACAAGACGCUGAGCGAGCCGUGGGCUGCCACCCGUGCGGCCGUCCUGUCCCCGACGACGCUCUUCGGCACCCUGGCCUCCUUCUACCUGGGGGCCUUGGACCCCACAGCCCACAGCCUGCAGGCCUUUCUGGGUGUCCCGGGGAAGGAUCAGAGCUGCACCUCCCGGCUGGACGGCCACAAGGUCCUCUCUGCCCUGCAGACCAUCCAGGGCCUUCUGGUCCUGCAGGGCGGGGCUCGCAGCCCGGGCAGAUUGCUGCUGUCCACCGUGGUGGGCCUGUUCACGGCCCCUGACCUGCGCCUGAAGCAGUCUUUUGUGCAGGGCCUGGCUCCCUUCGCCCCCAUCACCCUCCCGCGCUCUCUAGACCUGUCCACGGACCCCGAACUCGCCGCUGAGAAGAUCGACAGGUUCAUGGACGCCGUAACAGGGUGGAAGAUGAGCGGUCCCCCGGCGGGAAUCAGCCCGGACAGCACCAUGGCCUUCAACGCUUACGUCCACUUUCAGGGGCAGAUGAAGGGGUUCUCCCUGCUGGCGGAGCCCCAGGAGUUCUGGGUGGACAACAGCACCUCCGUGUCGGUGGCCAUGCUCUCGGGCACAGGCACCUUCCAGCACUGGAGCGACGCCCACGGCAACCUCUCCGUGGCCCGGGUGCCCCUCAGCCAGAACGUGGGCCUGCUGCUCAUCUGGCCCCACUGCGCCGCGGCCCUGCGGGAGGCCGAGGCCCUUGUCCUCCAGCACGACUUCCUGACGUGGACCAAGAGCCUGCCUCCCCGGGCCAUGCGCCUGACCCUGCCCCAGCUGGCGCUGCGAGUGUCCUACGACCUGCAGGGCCUGCUCGCCCAGGCCAAGCUGCCCACCCUGCUGGGCGCCGAGGCGAACCUGGGCGGAAUCAGCGACACCAAUCCCCGCGUCGGACAGGUGCUGAACAGCGUGCUGUUUGAACUCAAAGCAGACAAGGGAGAGCAGCCCACAGAGUCUGCCCAGCAGCCGGCGGGACCCGAGGUCAUGGAGGUGACCCUGAACUGCCCAUUCCUGUUUGCCGUCUACGACCAAGACUCCACAGCUCUCCACUUCCUGGGCCGCGUGGCCAACCCUCUGAACGCGGUGUGAGGUCGGCCUGCUGUUGACACGCGGCCGCCACCGUGGGUGAGGGCAGCGAUGCAAAGCACCACUAAUUGGUCUCCAUGGUCUUCUGCUUUUUCUUCCAAUGAGUCAGCUGGGAGCUGAAAGAAGCCGUUCCUCCUCCGGCAGGCGGUGCUGUGAUGGGAGCAGCAGGACCUGCAGGCAAAGCAGGCCCUCAGGUCCUUAGGUUUUUCUUGGGAGCGUGGGGGGAGCCGAGAACCAGCGUUCAGCACAGGACUACCGUCCUGGAAAGAGUUUGCAUGGGUCAACGUGUUUGUGAAACCAAUAAUUGUUUCCUUUUUAAUUGGAGACAGAAAUUGGGUUUUAAAAUUGACAUAUAUAUUUUUCACUGCCCUGGGUUUUGCAGCUUAGUGAAUGGGAACUGUGGCCUGCACGCUGUCUCCACAACGCCCGAGUUUUUCUUCCCCAUGAUACUUGUGAUGUUUGGAAAACAAGCAUCUGAGUGUAAGUUAGAAUGUAACACCGUGGCUGAUUAUCCUGUUAUUAAUAAAUGUCUUACAACAAUAAGCAAAAAGGAAAAAAAUUCACUUAGCAGACAAAUAUAUGCCAUUUAGCAGACAAACCGUACA